AUGAGUUCUUACAAAACCUACCCGACCUACCAGUAUCAGCCGGGAUACAACACCGAAAUUUACGAGACCGACUCCGAGUCUGAUCCCGAGUACGAUGAGGUGCCAAUAGUGCGGUCGCCCGUGGUGAAGGUGGCGCCCGCGAACCACGGCCGCCGUAGCAUCACGACAGAGGCUGACCUGGAUCCUUUAUUCGCAGCGUCAGAGAGGGCACGGAGACGCAACACCCCUUGGAGCGCCACCUUUCAGAAGCUGGUACCCACCCUCACCACCAUCGUGUUUGUAGUCCUCUGGCUAGCCUUCUGUUGGGGCCUCUAUCUUGCCCUAUGGGCCCUCGUGUACAAGUACGAGGAAUGGGCUACUGCCAACGGAUUCAUGGACGUCCCGGGGCUCGAGGUGUUGCACCCAGAAGAUACAGUUUAUCAUCCUGAUAAUUCGGCAUCGACGACGCCUAACAGGACCAAGUUCACGACGCCGGAGCACCCGUUCUGGGACAAUUAUCGGGACGUCCUCACCAACAACGAGUACGACUCGUGGUUCGACGACGUCGACGCCGGCACCGAAGCCAUCAACAAGAUUUGGAACAACAUAGCACUGCCAAAAAAUGCAGAGGAUGAUGAACAGGGGAAAUUCUACAGCGAGAUAAUAGAUCACAUAAAGAACCGCAUGCGUCUGGUGAACCACGCCAAGAUAGUGCACAAGAAGUUCCUGGACACACGUACCAGGAUGGUGCGCGACAUGAUCGGCUCCAGCACGCUCUGGCACAUGUACGUCAAUGGCCAGUUCGUCAACCAGGCGAACCAGGAGGGGGUCUUGUGGAAGCCGGUCGCCACGCACUUCCACCAGCAGCACAACGGCACGCUGAACAACAUGACGGGCGUCCAGUACGACAACAAGACGUCGGCGGAACUGACGGCGUCGGCGCGGCAGGUCACGGACGACCUGUCCGAGAAGCACACCGAGCUCUUCCGUGCCGACGGCAGCGAUCUGGACCUCAUCUACAGCAUCCGCAAAGAGCUCUACGAGGCGGAAUCCUACGAACAACUCCUCAUCCCGCGCCUCGCCACCCUCGAGCGAAACUUCAACCUCGCCACGUCUCUGGAUCCCAAACCGGACCUGUGGACCCCCAAGCUCGCGGCCGCAUCGCAGAUCCUGCAGAGCAAGAUGUUGGACCUGCAGACCCAAUACACGGAGAUGACGGGGCAUCUGAUCCAGAUCAAGCAAGAAUUCAGCAAGGAACGGCAAUUCACCCUGCAGAGCGAAGACGACUGGCAAGAAUGGGCGAAGAAGGCAACCAACGUCCUGCAGACCUGGACCUCGGUGCUGAUGGACACGCAGGAGGGCGUGCUGCUCAUGCUGCGCAAGAAGGAGCUCGAGCGAAGCAAGAAGGAGCUCGAGCGAAGCAAGAAGGAGAAUGCUACCGAGAUUAUCGACUUAGACGCCAACUGGGACGCCUGGAAGAAGCGCAACUGCGGCUCCACGUCGUGCUACGAGCCUCCGAGCGCGCUGAAGGCAGUCAAGGACAUGUUCCUCUCGGGAUCAGCAUUGCCGACGGCACACGUCGCGCAGGACGAGGUCGAGUGGAGCAAGAACUUCAACGACAGCGACAAGGUCAGGGUCUGGGUUGGUGUUUACGAGAAGGCUUGUUGCGAGAACGGCACGCUUGCGAGGCUGCUCAGGCAGGGAUCGAGGGAUAUGUCGAAGUUGACUGUCGUCCAGAGUGCGUGA